UCUUACAGGUCAGCGGUUUCCCAAAUUGGUUUGUGUUUUUGCCGCCAUUUUCGACAGCGAUGUAUAAAAACAAGGAAAACUGAAUUUAUUUAGAAAGUUCUGACAAGAUGCCGCGGGAAAUCAUUACCCUACAGAUUGGCCAAUGUGGCAAUCAAAUUGGAAUGGAGUUUUGGAAGCAGCUAUGUGCCGAACACGGAAUACGGUCGGAUGGAAUCCUUGAAGACUUUGCUACUGAUGGUACGGACAGAAAAGAUGUGUUCUUCUACCAGGCUGAUGACGAACACUAUAUCCCCAGAGCUGUCUUACUUGACCUAGAGCCAAGGGUCAUUGAUACUAUCAUGUCAUCUCCAUUUGCUAACUUGUAUAACCCUGAGAACAUCUUCACUUCCAAGCACGGGGGUGGGGCAGGCAACAAUUGGGCCAGUGGCUUUUCUCAGGCUGAACGACUUCAUGAGGAGGUCUUUGACAUUAUUGACAGGGAGGCAGACGGAAGUGAUAGUUUGGAGGGUUUUGUUAUGUGUCAUUCUAUUGCUGGAGGAACUGGAUCAGGCAUGGGGUCCUAUCUUCUGGAGAAACUCAAUGACAGAUAUCCCAAAAAGCUUAUCCAAACCUACUCAGUGUUUCCACAACAAGAAGAUAUCAGUGAUGUAGUUGUCCAACCCUACAACUCAAUUCUCACAUUAAAGAGACUCACUCAGAAUGCUGACUGUGUGGUAGUCCUAGACAACACUGCACUUAAUAGGAUAGCAGCAGAUCGUCUGCGCAUUCCCAACCCAACAUUUUCCCAAGUCAAUCAGCUAGUAUCUACUAUUAUGGCUACCAGUACAACAACUCUAAGAUAUCCAGGCUAUAUGAACAAUGACCUGAUUGGCUUGAUUGCGUCUCUUAUUCCUACGCCAAGAUUGCACUUUCUCAUGACUGGCUAUACACCCCUUACUACAGAUCAAAAGGUUGCUAGUGUCCGUAAGACUACUGUACUGGAUGUUAUGAGAAGAUUACUUCAGCCCAAGAAUGUAAUGGUCUCAACUCUGAGGGACCGCAAGCGUAAUCACUGCUACAUCUCCAUUCUAAAUAUAAUUCAGGGUGAAGUUGACCCCACACAGGUACAUAAAAGUUUACAAAGAAUAAGAGAAAGAAAGCUUGCCGAGUUCAUUCCAUGGGGGCCUGCAAGUAUUCAGGUAGCUCUAUCUCGAAAGUCCCCAUAUGUACAGACAGCACACCGUGUCAGUGGUCUUAUGCUUGCCAAUCACACCAGCAUCUCGACAGUCUUUGAAAAGAACUGCAAGCUCUAUGACAAACUGCGGAAACGAGAAGCAUUCUUGGAAAACUACAAGAAAGAGGAUAUUUUUAAGGAAAACUUAGAUGAGCUGGACAACUCAAGAGAGGUAGUGCAGCAGUUGAUUGAUGAGUACCAAGCAGCAUCAAAGGCAGAUUACAUUACCUGGGGAGCACAAAAGGGAUCAUCUGAAGUUUCCAAAGUUUAGUAGCAGGAUGGUUGUCAAGUUACAGAUAAAAUUACUGUAGAUGGGGUGGACUAACAAGCAAGUUGCAGCCCUGAAUGACUGAGCACCCCCUAUAAGACCAAAACCUUUUAGAAAAGCUCUUGAAUAUUUCUGAAUAAUUUGCUUGUAUGUGCUUUAUGUGAUGCAGUGCUUACAUUCUCAUACAGAUAGCUCACUAUUGAGUAUCUAGAUUUUCCCACAAUUUCUCUCUUGAGCUCAAGGGGCUCAUCAAGGAUCAUUUGGUGGUCCUUUCUUUAUAUGUACAUUAGAUUUUGUAGGAUCACUAUUAUAACAACCUACUUUUGACAUUUAUUAUGGUGUUGAAAAUUGCUGUUUUUGAUGAAAGAACAGUAUAUGGGGCCCAAGUGACAACUAAUAGUACCGUAAAUGCUCUGUCUUGGCUGCCUUUAUACCUCCAUGUUAUACCUCUGUGUUCUCUCUCUCAAGUAUUGCCAUGCUGAUCAUUUCCUUAUAAUUUUCAAAAAUAUGGGUAGGAGGGGGGGGGGGGAGAAGGGCACAAGUUCAUGUCCCCCCCCUGCUAUGACCAAGUUUAUAAGUAUAAGGCAUGACCUGACUACUGUUAUUGUUGGAAAUGGAAAGCCAAGCAGGAGAAUAGUUCCUCAGCUUAUUCCAUACUGGUUACAGCCUUGGUUGAUGACUUUAAUCUAGUAAAUAGUGACCAGUAAAACACUUGUUUUUGUAAUAUUUGAUGAUAUCCAAGAUAAAAAAUAAUAGAUUUA